AAACUGAUCUCAUUUAUACGUAUCCGGAUAUACCUUCAUGGCGACGACUAUACCACGGCACCCGGACGACAACACGCCGACGAAGCGGCUUCGACUUGAUGAAACGAAGGACGAUGCAGUUCCAGGAACGCCACCAAAGGACAAUGUGAAGUGUUCUACGUUGGUGCGCUGGCUGGACAAAGGACCACUUCUUCUUUUUGGCGACGACGGCGUGACCGUGUCGGGAACCAAGGGCUUCUGCAUGGCAAGGACAAAUGCAUGUGUGACGCGAGGCACGUAUUACUUUGAAUUGAAGCUUCUCGGAGCAAUCGAAGCCUACCAUGUUCGCGUGGGAUGGGGCACAAAGAAGGCCGACAUCAACGCGCCAGUUGGAUUUGACGAACACAGCUAUGGAUAUCGAGACAUUGGGGGCGAAACGAUGCACAAAAGCAAACGCAGUGGUCCCUACGGCGACAGCUUUGGAGUGGGUGACACUGUGGGUGCCAUGAUCUGUGUGAAUGGGGACUCGAGCGAAGACAAAAGCGUGGACACCGUCGCUCCAUCUCUCCCGGGUCGGUUCGUUCCACCGUCUCUGGUUAAACAGUCGAGCGACUUGCUGGCCCAUGUCUCGUCACCACGACGUUCGUUCUGUCCAUGAAGUUGAGCCCCAUGUGGCCUCAUAGUAAUGUGUACUCGUAGGCGCGGACGAGAAUUCGUACAUUCGCUUCUUUGUGAAUGGCAAGGACCAAGGCAUUGCCUUUGACAACCUACCUUUCGGUACGACAUCACUCACACCACUGGAACCUGUACGACAUAUAUACACUUGUUUUGCCAUAGCCGAGUACUUUCCCUGUGUCUCCAUCUACGGCCCUGGCACUGUGAGUGCUAACUUUGGCCCUGACUUUGACUUUCCAGUUCCUGGCGCGCUUGCAGUACCGCCGCCAGUCGAGUAACCACUCAUUAACGGAACCAAGCUUGAUCAUCUUGCGUAGCUGUACGACUAACUAGUACUACGUAUGAUAUAUUAAUAGUAGUGCAGUUUACUUACACGUCAC